AUGGCGACAAGAAGCAAGGAAACGUUAGUGGCUACCAUAAAGCUGGAAAUUCAAGAGGCGCUCAAGUCUGAAGAAUUCCAAAAGUUAAUACAAUCGGCCAUGGAGGAAGCUUUGAAUGUGGCAAUAUCUAAAGUAAUCGAGCCCUUAACUAAAACAAUCGUUGACUUACAGGAGAAAGUAUCAAGCCUCGAAUCUCAACUGUCGAGCGUAUCAAAUAUGGCUAAUGAUAAUGAACAAUACUCCCGUAGACACAACGUUCGAAUUUCGGGUCUCGACGAAGAACAGGGUGAAAUUUGUGCUGAAAAAAUUGUAACAUUUUGUAAAGAGAAAUUGAAGGUUGACAUCAGUGACAAGAAUAUUGACCGGGCCCAUCGUGUGGGCAAACCUAGGGAAGAUAGAUCAAGAGCAAUCAUCGUUCGUUUUAAUUCUCAUAAGGAUAAAAUUGCUGUUAUGAGACAACGACGAGAGCUGUACUCAAGCCAUUAUUACAUUAAUGAAGAUCUCACGAGCAGAAACCAACAUCUCUUAUACGAAGCAAAGAAAAAAUGUAGAAAUGUCGGAUCGGCAUGGUCAAAGGACGGCAAAAUCUUUGCGAAGAGAGCUUCGGAUAGUAAAAUUUUUCGAUUAAUAUCUGUGGAUGAUCUGUUAACUUAUGGCCUCGUUGACUUUGCAUAUUAA